CCACAUGCGGUCAGGGCUGUCAGGGAGGCGCGCUGGCCAUGCUCUCCACCACUUGCCGAGUCCGCCUACCGCCUUCCAAUUUCCCCAUUUCCCCAAGCAACCACAACCACAUUUCUAUCAACCCGCACUCUCGUUAUUGUCGUUGUGAGUUUGUAAGAGGUAGGGGUCUGGCGGCAGGCUACACAGGCUUCUAGUGCCGACACUUCCGACCUGAUCGACGAAGCGGGAAAGGGCGAGAAUGGACCGCACAGAAGCCGACCAGCAUCUCUGCAUUACUCUGAAGACAGCGAAAACAAUCCUCCUCAAGUACCUCGAGUCUGUAACUGAUGCCCCAACCCCACCAACAAUCCUUCUCCGCAAAUCCCUCCACCACCUCACCGUCGACCCGCCCAAUCCACCACAAAGCCUCGCAUACGCCACCGCCCUCAUUGACCUUGCCACCCAGUCUCUCCACUCCGUGCCAUACAAAGACGUCUCGCAUGAGCUACGCGCCGCUUUUACGCGGGCUAGUUUACUUCAAUGCGUUGCGAUUUUAUCCAGGGGGGAAGAUGGGUUCCAUGGGGAGGAGGAUCUGAGGAGGGCGGUGAAAACCCUCGAUAUGGGCCUAUUAAUGGCGGGCCGGCCGAUAUGGGAGGAACUCGUGAUGGGGUUAGUGGACGCCAUCACGGCCUGUCUCGACAAUCGCGCCCCCGACGGCGCUAUCACCUCACCCACUGCAUCCAAUCCCAUCACCCUCAUCAACCCACCCACAAUCGCCCACCCAGUCCCCAUCGCCACAACACCACCCCCCCUCCUCACCUUCCAGUCGCGCCUCACCUCACCCACCCCAACACCCCUCCUGAUCAAAAACGCGCUCACCCACUGGCCGGCCCUCUCCACCCGCCCAUGGUCGGAUUUCACCUAUCUCCGGCGUAUCGCGGGGAUGCACCGCACGGUGCCGGUGGAGAUUGGCUCAAAAUAUACAGAUGAGAAGUGGACGCAGAAAUUAGUCUCGUUCGGCGAGUUUUGGGAGAGGUGGAUCGAGGGUGGUGGAGAUGAAGGGAGUGAGACGCCCCAGGUGGCGUAUCUAGCCCAACAUGACCUCUUCUCCCAAAUCCCUCGCUUACGGGACGAUAUCUGCGUCCCUGAUUACUGCUACCUCUCCUCGGAUUCCUCCUCUUCCUCGUCGGACUCGGAAAUAAAAACCAACGCCUGGCUCGGGCCCCCCUCCACCAUCUCCCCCCUCCACACCGACCCGCACGACAACCUCUUCGCCCAAAUCGUCGGGUACAAAUACAUCCGGCUCUACUCACCCUCCCAAACACCCCAUCUCUACCCCAUCUCAGAUUCCAUAUUGGGGAACACGAGCGAAGUGGAUGUAGAGGUUGUAAAUCACGCGAAAUAUCCGGAUUUUUUGAAGGCAGAGUAUGUAGAAUGUUGUGUGGGACCCGGAGACCUGUUGUUCAUUCCAAGGGGGUGGUGGCAUUAUGUGAGGGGGUUGAGUGUUAGUUUUAGUGUGAGUUUCUGGUUUUGACAAACGACAGAGCAAUAUUUGAAGAAUGUUUGAGGAAUAGACGAAGGGAAGGAGGAUAGACCUAACCUAAUCUAACCGCCUUCGGAAGCUGAUGGAAUGGCUUCAAACUCUG